AGGUGACCCCAAGCAUUUCACAAGUGAGAAAAACAGAGAUAAAAAAAAAAAGAGAGAGAAAGCGCUGUCUUCUUUCUUUGUUCUGGGUGUUCUUCAUCUGCAACGGUGAAUUUGAUCAUCUUCUUCUUUUCUUUUUACCCCCCUUCUCUUUAAUCCCCGAUUCUCUGUAUCCCUUUCUGUCAUCGUCUGUCUUUCGAAGUUCUGGUUUUUGGGUUUGUUUUUCAUUUGCGUAUUGAUUUGAAGAGAGAUAAAAAAAAAAAAAAAAAAAGAAAAAGCAAAACCCAGAAGGGUGCUUUUGAAAGCCAGGUGAUUCAGAAUAGAGAUCCAGAUUUUUUUUUUUGGGUAAAUAGUGUUUUUUUUUUUUGUUCUGUGAUCGGCUAAGAGGGUUUGUUUUUCUAUCCCUCGAGGUGGUUUUUGGUUUUCUUUGUGCAAAGAACCUUUAAUAUUUACUGGGUUUUUCUUCUUCUCUUAUAUAAGUAUUACCUGUUCUUUGGUUUUGGAAAGAAACAGGCUUUUAACAUUUUCUUUUUGGUUCUUGUUUGUUUGUCUGUCUUUUAACAAUUUCUUUGGUUUACUUUGUUGAGAAAGACAUGGCAGCAGCUAUAGAUAUUUACAGCAGCAGCAGCACAAAUCCAGUGGUUUUCUCAGAUCCGUUUAGAGAGGAGCUCAUGAAAGCACUUGAACCUUUUAUGAAAAGUGCUUCAUCGACCUCUUCCAUUACUUCUUUACCAGCUUCUCCUUCUUCUCCUUGCUCUUCUUCUUCUUCUUCUCAUUUCUCUUCUUACCCUUCUUGCUCUUAUUCUCCAAUUUCUUCCUCUUCUCAGACCAAUCUGUACCCUGAUUUUUGCUCCCCAUCGAGUACCCACAUGUUUUCCCAAGGGUUCUCUGGCUACAACCAGAUGGGUUUUGAGCAAACAGGUUCAAUAGGUCUUAACCAACUCACCCAAUCUCAGAUUCUUCAAAUCCAAGCCCAAAUCUAUUACCAACAACAGCAGAAACAGCAGCAAGACAUGUUGUCUAACCAGUGGCAACGCCAAACCAAUCCCAACCUCAACAACUACCUGAGCCCAAAAUCCAUUCCCAUGAAGCAAAUCGGUACUCCAUCAAAACCCACCACGAAGCUUUACAGGGGAGUGAGACAGCGGCAUUGGGGCAAAUGGGUCGCCGAGAUCAGACUUCCUAAGAAUCGAACCAGACUCUGGCUCGGCACCUAUGACACAGCUGAAGAAGCGGCUUUGGCUUAUGAUAAAGCUGCUUAUAAGCUCAGGGGAGAUUUCGCUCGCCUCAAUUUCCCUCAUCUCCGGCACCAAGGAGCUCAUAUUUCAGGCGAAUUCGGCGACUACAAGCCUCUCCAUUCCUCGGUGGAUGCGAAACUCCAAGCUAUUUGCCAGAGCUUGGCUAACUCGCAGAAACAGGGUAGUAGUAGUAAUACAGGGGAGCUUUGUUCUGUCGCUGAGGAAAAGCCAACGAUUUCAGCUCCUUCACAGGCCAAGAUGGUCUCCGAGAACUCAUUAACAGGUGAAUUGAAGAGCGAAUGUGAAUCAUUUGUCGCUGAUAAUCGGUGUUGUAAAGUGGAGGCCUUGUCGUCGCCAUCUUUGUCAGAUGAGUCGACGUCAUCAUCAUUGGCAGGAUCUUCUUCCCCCGAAUCUGAGAUCACUUUCUUGGAUUUCUCAGAUUCUCAGUGGAAUAGUGACAUGGAGAAUUUUGGUUUGGAGAAAUACCCUUCUGAGGAGAUUGAUUGGGCAGCUAUCUAAAAUUUUACUUUCUAGUUAAUUAUCUCUGUAAUAUUUUGUCUAUUUUUCUAGUUUGGUUCAAGUACUUUCGGGUCUUUUUUUUUUUUUCUCCCCCCUUAGUUUAGGUCCAGUUUGGUGUUUAAGAAAAGAAGCUGACUUCUGCAAUGAGCUUUUUUAAAUAUUUGCAGAGGUUUUAGCUUUGAUGAGUCUGUUUAGGAGUCCAGUCAGUGAAAAAAGAAAAAAUGGUUUCUCUAUAUGGGUCUGCUGGUAGUUUUUUUCCUUGCAUGACCAUGGAGAUUAUCUAGUAUUCUCUAGGUGAAUGUAAUUAAAAACAUGUCUUCCAUGAAUAUAAGUAAUCUACUUUUUUUGUGUUUUGUGUA